UGGAAGUGUGACCCGGCACUCAUGUGUGGACCUGCUCUCCAGGGGAGGAGGAGGAGGAGGAGGAGGAGGAGGAAGAGCGGCCGCCAGCUGAACCGCUGAAGUCCGCGUACGAACCUGAAGAUGAUGAAGAGAGGGUGACGGUGAAACCUCUGCCUGAAGAGGAGACUCCCAAGAGCAAGGACGCACCAGUGUGUCCUUGCAUGCACUCAUCCAAGACCACAGAGACUGAUGUGAAAGCUGCAGGGAAGAAAGAUCCUCCGAGGAGAGUGUCAGCCCUGAGGUCCAGAAGAAAAGAACCGAGCAAAACCACGGCGCCGUCAGACGUCAGGCCAAGGAAACAAGCGCUGCCCAGGGUCGCGGCUCUGGAGACGCCCGUCCGCAGGAUCAGGAGGUUCCCUGCUUUCCUCCGAGGUAAGAGAGAAGAGAAGAGCAAGACCUCCAAACCAGCUCCGGAGAAAGAACCCAAAACACAGGCCCAGACGCCGGAGCCAGCGCAGGAAGUGGGUCCGUGCAGGCCGGCCCCCGUCUACUGCCCGUCGCCCCCUGGCUGGUACGUUCACCACAUCGUGACGGACAACCCCUACCCCCCGCCCACCAUGUCAGCGCCGCCUGCUCCGGUGCUGACCGCCCACCCUGUGCACCCGGGUGCUCCACCGCUGCAGCCCUUCUACCCGCAGCAGCAGCUCUUCGCCCAGUACCAGCCGUACCCGCCCAUGAUGCAGCCUCCACCGGAACCCGCCCAGCACACUCCCCAGACACCAGCGGAACCAGCGCAGCCCAGGCCUGAGCCUUCCACAGAACCACAACCACCACAGGAGCCUGAAGUGCCACCUCCUGGACCGGAACCGUCUGCUGGACCCCAGUCUGCGACUCCUGAGGAACCACUGAGUGCAGCUCCAGCUGAGGAACCCAAGAACGCCACACAGGAAGUGAAGCCUGCGCCCACAAAGACAGGUGAGUCAUCCCGUUUGCUUUCCCUCAAACCUUCAGUUGCUGACGACAUUCUGAAUCUUCCAGCCUCCAAGAGGAAAACCGCCGCUAAAGCGUCGGCCGUGGACAAGCCCAAGACAAAAGCAGGUAACUGGCGGCGACAUCUGAGGACCUGCUCGCACCUGAACGAGGGAUUUUCUCUUCCUCUAGAUGACAAGAGGGAGGGACGAGAGCGGGCCGGGAGGAGAGAAGCCGCAGGGAGAAAAGAGAAGACCAAACGUUCUGCAGCCGCAAAGAAAGCAGUGCCUGCAGUUGCACCACAGAAACGGAAGUCAGCCACCGAGAAGUCAGCUGCUCCGGCGAGGAGAGCAGCCAGGACGAGCAGGAAAGAGCCAGAGGCUCCAGCUCAGCCGCUCCGGGCCAGGAGGAGACCGGAAGCCCUGAUGAGAGCCAACGUGACGGCCGCGGCCAGACAAGCAGCCCAGACCAGGCCCAAGCCCGUGACGGAGCAGCGAAGGAAAGCAGCCAGGGAGGGAACAGCUUCUGCCACUGAAGGAAAAGAGGAGAAGAAGAAGAAGACCAACGAGCUGCAGGCGACCGAUGCGGCGGCAGAGAAGAAGAAGACGACAGGGCAGAGGUUCUUCCAGUGCAUCUACGUCCCCGGCAGAAGCGCCCACUACCCUCUCCGACCUUUCACCCCGGCCAUGUCCCCCGCCAUGAUGACCCCGGCCAUCAAGGCCAUGCUGGAGCAGCAGCGGGCCGCCAGUAGGUCCGGACAGUAGUAGAGGCGUCACUGGCCACGGAAACACUCCUGGUUGGUGUGCGACACACGCUUAUGUCUUACGCAGCGGAGGCUUGAGUCCUGAUGUAAAUAUGUUUCAUAGAUUUAGAGGGAGGACAGAGGCGCAGCACACAGUGCUUCCAGUGACUCGACAGCCGCAGUAGAUCCUUCAGUCAUGUGACUCAGAGCAUAUCUAGGCAAAUCACUCAUGAAUAAACAAGGACUGACCGGCUUGACAUGGGGACAGUUUUACAUUUCCGUCAGGAGCGUCUCAGGAAGCUGCUGGUCUGUGGGUCAGGUGGAAUCAAAGGUUCAAAGUCAGAGUUACCAGUCUGAAGGGAAGACAGCGAAACACUGACGUCUCCCAGUGGAGCUUCAGGCUUCUUCUGUGGUGGCCACACGCCUCUCUACUGACACCUGCAGGAGCGUCACGGAGCUGUCAAGUCCCUGAUCAGAUCAGAUUGAAAACGCUCAAGAACCAGUUGAAUUCCAACCUCUUUGAUCAGAGAUGGAUUCUUCAUCAUCAUAAGGUCUAAUUAGAGUCUUAGAACGGUUGUAUAGUCCAAAAUAACCAAGUCACGUUAAACCCAUCAUUCGAGAUUCAAAGCACAAUAUUUGGCUGGGAUAAGGGUCGACCAGUGAGCUUUACUGACUGCGCUGAGCUCUUACUGAGGAAGACAUUAGUUUGCUUGUUGUCUGUCGCUCAGCGCCCAAGAGCGCCCCCUGCUGCCCGCUAGCUCUGCUCGUCGCCUGCGACUGUUCGAGUCAUGAGGAUGAUAACAAUCAUGAGAUUUUUUUUUCUUUUUCUGGUGAUAUCAUGAUUUAAAAAAAAAAACAUUCGUGGACAUUAUGUAUCUAUUCACUUGAAGUUUAUGAAAAGAAGAUGAAAAAUAGAAAUAAUCAAAGUAGAAAUAUUUAACUACCAAAACAAAAAACAAAUAUUUAUAUAUGAGGCAGGAAAAGGUUUUUCUAUUUCAGAAAAAUAUAUUUUCCACCUGUUUAUUACAAUGUAUUAUUCUUUUGAUUUUGAGUUGAUGGUUAAGAAGACCUUUCUUGGAGUUACAAGACUAAUAAUUUACCUGCAUGAUAACACAGAGUCAAAUAAGUCAGGGGGAGGAGUUCAACACAUUUAGGAGCAACAUUUUUUGCUUUGUUUUUCCUCUGAGUUUUGCGUCUGGGACGAACUAGAAAUGAAACAGAAGUCACUUUCUCUGUCACAAAAUGAGAGUUUAGGAGAAAACAGCGGUAAUUCAUGUGUGGCAGAAGUAUGACGUGCGAGUCGCUGUGGCGGGAAACUCUACUGAGACCAACAGACUUUGUGAUGUCUGCUGCUGCUGAGGACGAGGUCUUGCUGGCUUCGUCACAGCUUUUCACACGGACGAUGUUUUUCUACUCAUGUUGACAAACCUCCCGCUGACAUUUGAGUCUUCACUCCACGGCGACACACACACACGGUCCAGGCCGCGUGUGUCCCCGUGAAGACCACACUGUCCAGACUUCUGAGAUGAAGAGCAGGACGUCGUGGCCCCGACUGUCGACUGACUGGCAGGUGUGAACGCUGGGCCUCCAGCUGCUCCACGGUGGAGAAGGUCGCGGGUUCAGGCUCGGCGUCACUGUGAAGGUGUGAAGAUCCUUCACGUCCCGCGGCCAAACCUGAGCCGGAGGAAGCGCUGCUGAGGAGAACGGAUGAUUUGUGAUUGAAUAAAUGUGAGUGGGACACGAGUCUGCGUCCGAGCUUGU